AUGUCGACCGAUCAAGAACUGAAAAUCUCCCGCAUGACAAAGCGUUCUUCAAAUAAGAAACUAUUUAGCCGGGCAACUUACAAACUGCGUGAGUUUGUCCUGACUCCUUGUUUCAUCAAAUACUUCGAUGUCAGCGGCGGGAAUCGUGGGAAGGAAAAGGGCCGCAUUUCUCUGUCUAAUGUCAAGUACGUCGAAAAGGUUCAGGACGAGGAGCUUGACGGCAACAAAAAUGUCCUUCAGUUAGGCUUCGUUGAAGACGCUGCCGCGGAUGCCUGGUUUCUAAUGUAUGUGGUAGCUUCCUCAUCCAUGGAGCGCGAUGAUUGGAUAAGCCUCAUUCGAUUCUACUCAGGGGAACGUGGGGCUACCUUCCUGCCGCGUUAUCACCCCGGCGUUUGGCGGCGUCCGGGUCGUUAUAGUUGCUGUGAUGAUAUAAACCGACGUUCUGUCGGCUGCCAAGCGACAACUGAGUCCACUGGAGUUCUGCACCAACUUCCGAGCAGUGUAGAACAGAGUCGGCGAACU